CAACUAUCUUCAAACAUAAACCCUUUUCCGCCUCCUUCCAUUUCUAGGGUUUCAACUUCUUCAUCUUGAAACGACGAUGUGGUAUCUCUGUGUUUUCUACCACAGAUUAUUAGAUUACAGGAAGCCUGAGUUCGAAUCUCUAGCCGAACUAUUUGGUGCCGAAUCACAUUCACUCGAGUGGAAGCUUCCGCAGCAUCACCACCCCGAUUCUCCAUUCCACUAUGUCAAUCUCCCUUCUGAGGAUAUCGCACGCAAAAUAGCCAAUCGAAGCAUUCUUGUGAAGGGGCUUUAUGAAAUUUGGGGAGAAGGAAGCUCAUAUGAGGAACUAAAAGAAGCAAUAAACAGUUAUCCAGAUGACAGAAAGUUGCCAUACAUAGCUCAAGAUAGCACUUUUCGGAUCAUAUUCGAUAGCUUCGGAAAGGUCGUUCCCUUCGAGGACCAAACCGCUCGCAUUAAAGCGAUGGAUUACAUUCCGUUUCAGGGUCGGGUUAACUUGAAGUGUCCGGAGCAUAAGUUUUGGCUUAUUGAAACCGAUGACUAUGGAUCUGCCAACGGGCUUCCUCCGGUUGUUGACAAAAGAAUAUUUUUUGGGCGGGAGAUUGGCGGUGCUGAUAGGAAACUGUUACCUACGUAUCAAUUGAAAAGCCGUAAAUAUCUUGGACCAACGGCUAUGGAUGCUGAGGUGGCAUUUUUGAUGGCCAAUCAAGCUCAGGCCAUGCCCGGGAAACUUGUCUAUGACCCAUUUGUUGGCACCGGGAGCAUUCUCGUUGCUGCAGCCCAUUUUGGAGCUAUGACAAUGGGAGCAGAUAUUGAUAUUCGGGUGGUGCGUGAUGGCCGCGGGCCAGACUGCAACGUCUGGAGUAACUUUAAACAGUACGGAUUGCAAAUGCCGGUUUCACUUUUAAGAGCAGAUAAUAACCUUCCUCCUUGGCGUCCGGGGCUAAAAGAGAUGUUUGAUGCAAUAAUCUGUGACCCUCCAUACGGUGUGCGUGCCGGAGGUCGUAAAUCUGGCGGUCGGAAAUUACUAAAAGGGGUAGUGGGCCCCUACACGGUUCCAGAAGAGAAAAGAACCGGCCAUAUACCGUCAACGGCUGCAUACAGCUUAGCCGAGUGUGUACACGACCUACUUGACUUAGCAGCCAAAAUGCUCGUGAUGGGUGGCCGACUUGUUUACUUCUAUCCAGUUCUAAGAGACAGUGACACCCUGGACGUUGAGUUCCCCAAACACCCUUGUUUCAAGUUAAUUGCCAGCUGCGAACAGAUUCUAAGCUACCGUUAUAGCAGGGUAUUAUUGACGAUGGUAAAGAUCGCACCGUAUAACGAUGAUAUUAAAGAAGCCGCUAGGCUGCAACAUUUGGAUUUUAAGGAAAACCAUGUUAAGUGGUUGGAGGAAGGUAAUCUUCAUGCUGCAGUUUUCAGUCCCGAUUUCCCGCCAUCCGAUGAUCCUGAUACGAAAGGUGUGAAGGAUACAAAGAAGAAAUACAGGGGAAAAUAUGUCUAGGUUUGGGAACUGAAUUACAGACAAGCUUAAAAUAGACAUUAAUGGAGAUUUUGUAACUUUUGUUAGGUUUUAAUUGUUAGCUACCUUGAUAGUAUUGUUUGAGAUGAUUAUUUAGAUGUGGUUGUCAAACAUACUGUAUUGACUUUUUUUUAAAAAAAAUUUAUUUUAAGUAAGAUAAUCACCACUUACUAA